ACCCAAACACACACUCCUGAUUGGCUGACUGCUAGUCUCAAAAAAAAAAAAAGUUUGCACAGUGCAGGAUCAAACAGUGAGUGAGAGUUUGGGAAGACAGAAUCAUCUAGUUGUUGAUCUGGGAAGGGGAUGAUAGGAUCCACUAAACGCUGCCACUAACUUCAGGCUCAACCUCAUGGCUUCCCUGGUCCUUCUUAAUAGAGAGAACACUUUACAGGCUUAUUUACAGGAUAGAACCCCUAACUCCUCCCCGGACAUAGGGCCGUUUCCAACACUGAACGUAUUCCCGUCAGCCUGUCGCUCAGUAAUAGCACCUAAACCAAACCAUUGGGAUUACUCACAGUGCUCUUCCAGUUCAGCCGGAGCAGCUCCGGCAAUGUUUCCUCUGUGGGGCAAUGACAUUCCUCAGAGUACAGGAAUGGGAUCUCAUGGUAUGACUUUUAGUGUCCCAAAAGUUCAGUAUAAUGGUCAUAUGCAGGCAGUAGGAACUCAUGAGCUGCCGCUGACUCCUCCAGCUGACCCAAAUAUGUAUUCAUUCGAUUUGUCUCCGGUCAAGAUUUUGGCACCUCAAGUUUCGAAUAACCAUGCAUAUCAUUUCCAAGACACAAACUCUGUGACUCAGGACUACUCAGGUUUUAUGCAAAACCCUACACCCUUGACCCAAAGACACAUUCCUACAACACACAUGGAUGAACAGACCUGGUGGAGUUUUCAACAAACAAACGCAAAUAACCUUCACUCCUUCCAUUUGACCAACUCUUUGAUGGUGGGACCACAGCCUCAACUUGCAGCACUUCUCCAGAGCUCCUCUAAAACUCUGCUAAGCUCAACUAGACGAUGUAGGAGGUGUAAAUGCCCCAACUGCCAAGCUUCUCCAAACAACGAAGAACCUGGAAAAAAGAAGCUUCACAUCUGCCAUCUUCCAGGUUGUGGGAAAGUUUAUGGAAAGACCUCACACCUCAAAGCCCAUUUGCGCUGGCAUGCUGGAGAGAGACCUUUUAUCUGCAACUGGGUCUUCUGUGGAAAAAGCUUCACCAGAUCUGAUGAGCUUCAGCGCCAUCUAAGGACUCAUACAGGGGAGAAACGUUUUGGGUGCCAAGAAUGCGGAAAGAGGUUUAUGAGGAGUGAUCACCUUUCUAAACAUACAAAAACUCAUCAAAACAAAAAGGUGAAGUGCGCAGGCCCAUCUAUAGACAGUAUUAAAAAAGAGUGACCGUCCUUUUUUUCAAUCCCAAUUUUGGCCCAUUACAAAGGGAGAACAUGACUUUUAACUUCUCUUUUUUAAGAUUUACUUGGGUCUCCUACAUUAAGGACAAAGGACAACGUAAAGUAUUUUUUUUUUAACUGAAUUUAAACCAUGACCACAGCAGCCUACAUAUUAAGGGGACGGUGCCUAUGUGAAAAAAUAUACAUAUGAAAAGAUAAAUUAAUUUGCUUAGAUUAUUUAUACAAAUGCUAUGUUGCAGAAGAAAAGAAUCCCCAUACCCCAUGUGUACAUAUAAUUUUUUUAUUUUUUUUUGGCAGAAAUCCUAUUGUUUAGCUUUAAAUCUAUUAUUGAGUUGAUUUCUAUCACCUUUUGCAUAUAGAUUGAAAUGUGCAAUAUUAUCGGGCCAAUUACCGUAUUUAUCGGCAUAUAAAAUGCACAGGCGUAUAACACGCACCCUAACUUUAAGAGGGAAGUUUCAGGAAAAAAUCUUUCCACAGCCCCCAAUAAAUACAGAAAUUAUUGCAGUGCAACAAAAAUGAUGCUAUCAAAAGGGCAGCUUCCCAUAGCAACUCAAUUUAACCUUUAUUCGCAACUAAAGUAAUGAAAAGAGUUUAUGUGGGUCACUGCACUUUGUAUCUUGAUUUGUAAUAUGUUCUUUGUAACUUUUGACAUUUUGUUCUAUCUUGUCUGAGAAGACCUUAUUCCUACCUUAAGCACAUUUAACACCAAUCUAAUGAACCCAUACAUUUUAAUGAUGAAACGGUUUAAUGCUGCCAUUCAUUUACAUAUAAUGUCGUAUAUGUUUAAAAUAACUGUUCUUGUCAGUUUUGUAAAUGAUCUGUUUCUGCAGUGCGGUUGGAAAAAUUAAAAAAAACAAAACCCUUUUACUUCC